GUGCGCGGCCGGAUCGUUGCAGACAGGGGCGGCCCGUUACCAGGCGAGCACCGCAGCGCAGGGUCCGACACCGACGACGGCAGCGGGCACUGACAGAAGGAAACCUGCCAGCGUGAUAACAACACCCGUGAAACGCAGUAGGGGAUGGCAGUGAAUGUGUACGCCACAUCUGUGUCCAUUGACAACCUCAGCCGACAUGACAUGCUGGCAUGGGUCAACGACUCUUUGCAUCUCACCUACACCAAGAUCGAACAGCUCUGUUCAGGAGCAGCAUAUUGCCAGUUCAUGGACAUGUUGUUUCCAGGUUGCAUCCUGCUGAAGAAGGUCAAAUUUCAAGCCAAGCUGGAGCAUGAAUUUAUACACAACUUCAAAGUUCUUCAGGCAGCUUUUAAACGGAUGAGUGUCGACAAAAUAAUUCCCGUGGAAAAGCUUGUAAAAGGGAAGUUCCAGGACAACUUUGAAUUUGUGCAAUGGUUCAAGAAGUUCUUCGAUGCCAACUACGACGGGAAGGAGUACGACCCUUUACUAGCCAGACAGGGUCAGGACGUGGCCCCUUCCCCCAACCCAGGUGAUCACUUUAUCCACAAACCAAAGAGAAACCCAGGACCACAGAGGACAUCUCCAACAGUUCCCAAAAACAUGCCAACACCACAGCGGGUCCAACACAACACUCCAGCCCUGCGGAAGAACCCGUCUUUGUCUAGAAAUGGAGGCAGUGAUGCGGAGAUCAUGGAGCUAAAUCAACAGUUGAUGGAGAUGAAGUUGACUGUAGACGGACUAGAGAAGGAGAGAGACUUCUACUUCAGCAAACUACGGGACAUCGAGCUGAUCUGCCAGGAGCACGAGAGCGAAAACAACCCCGUCCUCAGCAGGAUAAUAAACAUUCUCUACGCAACAGAGGAAGGCUUUGCGCCUCCAGAAGACGAAGACCUCGAAGAACAAGCUCACCUGGACCAGGAUGAAUACUGAACCCUUCAUCUCCCUCCCCUCGGACAUCUCCGUUCUCCCUUUUCUUUUGUGCCCUCAUUUGUUUUCUACUCUCUCUCUCUCUCUCUCUCUCUCUCUCUGCACGCUCUCUAUAAAUACCCCCCAUCAUCCCCGCUCUCCAUUUUUUCUUUUCUUUCUCAUCAGUCGGUUACCUCCCCCCAUCUACCCUCUGGCCAUCGACAUACUUUGCAUCAUCAUUUGCUGCUCACCCCUGCAUCCACUUACACAGUAACAAUAACAGUAAUGUAUGACAUAUCCCAGUUAUUUCAGCAUGAGUAACGCAGAAAAUCAAGUUGACGCUGGCAUGGAGGUUUCUUGGGCAAACAGUAGAUUUAAGUCUGUAAAUAUGACUGAAAGUUUGAUUUCUGAGAACAGAACAAUGUCUUUGCUCAUUAUGGAGUUAUUAGUCUUAAUGCUACUACUAGAGCACUUAACAACACUGCUCCAACGUGCCAUCAGGACACUCCCAGAGCUACUAAAACUGACUUUUUAUUAACAAUUUCUUAUUUAUUUAACUUAUAUUUCCUUACGAUUAACUUUCUGUAGCAGAAUCGGUGCAAAACCUACUGUAUGUGAGCUGAAAGCUGAGGGCCCUGUAUGUGAUUUGAGUUAAGGUGUGUGUUUGAGGCUGCAUCGAGCUUUUUAUUUUGUUUUAUGGAAGGAUCAUGGCAUGUGGAUACACUGGAGGAAAUACUUUGGUGUAAUGGACUCAAGGCGUAUAAUGAUUAGUGCUCUGCAAUUAUUCAUUUUUGAUCCGCAACAUAUCUGAGCAUGAGAAUGUUAGACAUUGACUGUGAAUGAGUGAUAUUUUGUAAAUGUACUUUGUGAUCGAUCCUGGUUAGUUGCCAUUGCAUCUUUCAGGCGGAGGUGGAGAGCUGCCCGCAGAACGACCACGUGGUUCUAGAUCGUAGCAGAGCUGACGUUUGAUUCUCGGCAGCCUGACGAAGAAUUGAUACAGACAGAUUUUUUAACAUGAAAGCUUUUAUCAUGUCUUUUUUUCCCGCUGAUCAUUUUGUGUUUCUACUUUUGAUUUGCUGGUAGCCCAGGACAUAUGAGAAACUCAGUAUUAAGAGAUCUGUUUAACCAAGGAAGUCUCCCUGUCCUUCCCAAGCUCUUUUUACUUUGCACACUGGCUGUCGUCUGCUCUGGAAAUCCCAUUCUUGGACCAUGUAAACAUCCACAGAACACUCAUCUUUUGACUUUCGACUAAAUAAAGCGGUUGUGAAAUAAA